GUGAGUGUGUGUGUCUGUGAGUGUGUGUGUAUGUGAGUGUGUGUGUGUCUGUGAGUGUGUGUGUCUGUGAGUGUGUGUGUCUGUGUGUGUGUGUGUCUGUGAGUGUGUGUGUGUGUCUGUGAGUGUGUGUGUCUAUGAGCGUGUGUGUGUCUGAGUGUGUGUGUCUGUGAGUGUGUGUGUGUGUGUCUGUGUGUGUCUGUGAGUGUGUGUGUCUGUGAGUGUGUGUGUCUGUGUGUGUCUGUGAGUGUGUGUGUCUAUGGGUGUGUGUGUCUGUGAGUGUGUGUGUCUAUGAGUGUGUGUGUCUGUGAGUGUGUGUGUCUGUGAGUGUGUGUGUCUGUGAGUGUGUGUGUCUGUGAGUGUGUGUGUCUAUGAGUGUGUGUGUCUAUGAGCGUGUGUGUCUGUGAGUGUGUGGGUCUGUGAGUGUGUGUGUCUGUGAGUGUGUGUGUCUGUGAGUGUGUGUGUGUAUGUGAGUGUGUGUGUCUGUGAGUUUGUGUGUAUGUGAGUGUGUGUGUAUGUGAGUGUGUGUGUGUCUGUGAGUGUGUGUGUGUCUGUGAGUGUGUGUGUGUCUGUGAGUGUGUGUGUCUGUGAGUGUGAGUGUGUGUGUCUGUGAGUCUGUAUUUAUGUCUGUGUGUGUGUGUGUGCCAAUGUGUGUGUGUCUGUGUUUGUGUAUCUGUGUCUGUGUGUGUAUAUCUGUGUGUCUGUGUGUGUGUGUCUAUGUUUGUGUAUGAUUGUCUGGGUAAUAUAGUGUCACUAGGAGAUGUGUGUGAUUGUCUAGGUAAUAUAGUGUCACUAGGAGAUGUGUGUGAUUGUCUAGGUAAUAUAGUGUCACUAGGAGAUGUGUGUGAUUGUCUGGGUAAUAUAGUGUCACUAGGAGAUGUGUGUGAUUGUCUGGGUAAUAUAGUGUCACUAGGGGAUGUGUGUGAUUGUCUAGGUAAUAUAGUGUCACUAGGAGAUGUGUGUGAUUGUCUAGGUAAUAUAGUGUCACUAGGAGAUGUGUGUGAUUGUCUGGGUAAUAUAGUGUCACUAGGAGAUGUGUGUGAUUGUCUGGGUAAUAUAGUGUCACUAGGAGAUGUGUGUGAUUGUCUGGGUAAUAUAGUGUCACUAGGAGAUGUGUGUGAUUGUCUGGGUAAUAUAGUGUCACUAGGAGAUGUGUGUGAUUGUCUAGGUAAUAUAGUGUCACUAGGAGAUGUGUGUGAUUGUCUGGGUAAUAUAGUGUCACUAGGAGAUGUGUGUGAUUGUCUGGGUAAUAUAGUGUCACUAGGAGAUGUGUGUGAUUGUCUAGGUAAUAUAGUGUCACUAGGAGAUUUGUGUGAUUGUCUAGGUAAUAUAGUGUCACUAGGAGAUGUGUGUGAUUGUCUAGGUAAUAUAGUGUCACUAGGAGAUGUGUGUGAUUGUCUGGGUAAUAUAGUGUCACUAGGAGAUGUGUGUGAUUGUCUAGGUAAUAUAGUGUCACUAGGAGAUGUGUGUGAUUGUCUGGGUAAUAUAGUGUCACUAGGAGAUGUGUGUGAUUGUCUGGGUAAUAUAGUGUCACUAGGGGAUGUGUGUGAUUGUCUAGGUAAUAUAGUGUCACUAGGAGAUGUGUGUGAUUGUCUAGGUAAUAUAGUGUCACUAGGAGAUGUGUGUGAUUGUCUGGGUAAUAUAGUGUCACUAGGAGAUGUGUGUGAUUGUCUGGGUAAUAUAGUGUCACUAGGAGAUGUGUGUGAUUGUCUGGGUAAUAUAGUGUCACUAGUAGAUGUGUGUGAUUGUCUGGGUAAUAUAGUGUCACUAGGAGAUGUGUGUGAUUGUCUAGGUAAUAUAGUGUCACUAGGAGAUUUGUGUGAUUGUCUAGAUAAUAUAGUGUCACUAGGAGAUGUGUGUGAUUGUCUAGGUAAUAUAGUGUCACUAGGAGAUGUGUGUGAUUGUCUAGGUAAUAUAGUGUCACUAGGAGAUGUGUGUGAUUGUCUAGGUAAUAUAGUGUCACUAGGAGAUGUGUGUGAUUGUCUAGGUAAUAUAGUGUCACUAGGAGAUGUGUGUGAUUGUCUGGGUAAUAUAGUGUCACUAGGAGAUGUGUGUGAUUGUCUAGGUAAUAUAGUGUCACUAGGAGAUGUGUGUGAUUGUCUGGGUAAUAUAGUGUCACUAGGAGAUGUGUGUGAUUGUCUGGGUAAUAUAGUGUCACUAGUAGAUGUGUGUGAUUGUCUGGGUAAUAUAGUGUCACUAGGAGAUGUGUGUGAUUGUCUAGGUAAUAUAGUGUCACUAGGAGAUUUGUGUGAUUGUCUAGAUAAUAUAGUGUCACUAGGAGAUGUGUGUGAUUGUCUAGGUAAUAUAGUGUCACUAGGAGAUGUGUGUGAUUGUCUAGGUAAUAUAGUGUCACUAGGAGAUGUGUGUGAUUGUCUAGGUAAUAUAGUGUCACUAGGAGAUGUGUGUGAUUGUCUGGGUAAUAUAGUGUCACUAGGAGAUGUGUGUGAUUGUCUAGGUAAUAUAGUGUCACUAGGAGAUGUGUGUGAUUGUCUGGGUAAUAUAGUGUCACUAGGAGAUGUGUGUGAUUGUCUAGGUAAUAUAGUGUCACUAGGAGAUGUGUGUGAUUGUCUAGGUAAUAUAGUGUCACUAGGAGAUGUGUGUGAUUGUCUAGGUAAUAUAGUGUCACUAGGAGAUGUGUGUGAUUGUCUGGGUAAUAUAGUGUCACUAGGAGAUGUGUGUGAUUGUCUAGGUAAUAUAGUGUCACUAGGAGAUGUGUGUGAUUGUCUAGAUAAUAUAGUGUCACUAGGAGAUGUGUGUGAUUGUCUAGAUAAUAUAGUGUCACUAGGAGAUGUGUGUGAUUGGUGA